GUAGUGUUAAAUAAAAAGUGUUGGUGUUGUAUUAACAACACACAGCUGUAAAAUAACACUGCCGGUGUAAGUUCUUACAUAUUUAAGUUGUUAAAUUCAAGCGUUAAUUAGUUGGUGUUGCUUAAGCCACGCCUUCGCUUUACGGCUGCAAAGUGCCGUCUGCUUUCUGUCGGUUUCCAGCAGUCGCUCGGUCGGACAUUACCGUUUCUUUUAACCCGCAGAAGACAAAAUUACUUCCUAAAGAAAUGCUGGUGCAGGUGGAGCAUCAGGCAGUCCAGAAAUGGGUUCGGGUUCCAGUGACAGAUGACUGCUAUGAUUACUUGAAAUUCAUUCAAGAGGUUCAUGCUAAAUUCAACUUGGCAAGUGGAGUCUCUGUAGACCUGAAGGACUCAUCUGGAGUCGAUGUGGAUGCUGAUAUUUUUGAUGAACUCCUGAGGUCUGCUACAGUAUCUUUCAAAGUAGUCACUGAGCGCUUUGUGGCCCCUGUUGAUCAGAGUGAGGUCACAGAUGCUUCCUUCAGUUCUGAAGAUGGCUCAUUCUCGUCAGUCGAGUCUCCAAGCUCAGCAAGCUCAUCUUCUACAGUGAUUACAGAGAACACCAAAGCACAGAGAAGACGACUGGUUGAAGGACCACCUGACAGUGAGAUGGCAAAAAAUAUUGUCUAUGUAGCUCUGCACCAAAAACCAGGAGGAGAAGAUGUAAUAAAAGAGUACAACAAGACCAGAAGUCUCUCUGAUCCAACAAGAAAGAAACUUGUCAACAUUUUAGUGGCGGAUAUGAUUGAAAGUCAUGGGAGAGUCCCUCCUGUCAACAUUCGCAUUACCUACGCCCUGGGAAUUGUCACCCUCUUCCCCAGUUUGAAAGAUAAUGGCUCACCGACUGGCUAUGAGCAUUACUAUGAUCCUCUCAGUGGACAGGGCUAUCUGGCCUAUCGAUUGAAAACAGUUCAGCGUAACACUGCAAGUGACUUCAAGAGGAGCUCCAAGUCUGCUCAUCAAGGCGGUCCGAGAACUCUGAGGGAGACCUUAACAUCUGAACAGCUGUUUGGUGAUGGAUGCAAAGAAGCAAUGUCCAUGAUGAAACAUUCAUCAGACCAGGAAGUUGUCAGGGAGAAAAUGAAGGCAACAUUUAAGCAUAGACAGAAUAUGCUUCAUGAUCUGGACCAGUCAUCACUCAUCUUGGAUCACUUCCCAAGAUUCUUGGAUACACCAGGCUUAAUUGAGCAGGACUUCAUCAUGCUCUUUGGAGAAGACAUCUCGGGGAAGUUCAUCGCAAGAUGGCCAACAUUCUAUAAACCGAGGGUCACCACUGUCAGCAAAAGCCUUCGACAGAGUGCUCAUCUGGAUGACCUUCUGUCCACUCAGGAGGAAUCAAGUGAUUAUGAAUGGGAUAGUGACCUGGCAGCUAUUCUCCUGCUGGUUCAUCUCUUGCCUCCAACCGCGAAGGGGAAAAGACAGGGAAAAAUUAGUGCACCUCAGGCUGCUGACCGUGUUAUCAAGUUCAUGAAGGUGGGGACAAGCAUGGCGACCUUCCUUGCCAAAGUUGGAUCUGCACAGCCCUUCCUCCUCUGCGUUGGAGAAAAGAAGAGCAGGAUACAGAAAUUCUACAUCAUCCUGGAUCAGAAGCCCAUUCCCUGUGUGGCACAGACUGCAGUGGCUGCCUUCGAUGAACUGUUUAAGGCACACUUUGUGUUUGCUGUGUCCUAUGAUGCAACCCUCCUCAACUUCUACACAUUCAUCCAAACAACGGUUUAUGGCAUUGAUGUUGCAACAACAAAAGAGAGCCCCAGAGUCAAGAAAAUUAGAGUGAGGAUUAACAACACUUGA